UAGUUGAAAGAGUAGAUGAGAAGUAAGACAUUAUCCAGAGAGGGAGGUGUCAUCGAAGAAGUAUUUUUUAGAAAGGAAAAAGGGAGGGGACCAGUAGACAAAAAGAAAAAGACCUUGGAGGACACAGAAGAGAAAGAGAUACCUGGUGAAACAAGAUCCCAUAGAUGGAGGGAGUAGAUGAGGUGAAAGCAGAGGUGAAGGGAUUCACUUUAUACAGGGGAAACACCACUUCCUACAACCAAGAAGAUGGAAGAAAUGACACUUCACUGAUUUGCCAGGAGCAGGAUCUUGUGGAAGGUCCCAAUGGGAACCUUCUAUGUUCCCCUGUGCAGUAAGAAACAAGGUCCGAAGAGCUGCAGGUGUUACUGGUGGGGAUGAAGUGGCCAAGGCCAAGCAGGCAGCUCCUGGUGGAGCAGCCCCCACCAUCUUCUCCCGGAUCCUGGACCGAAGCCUCCCCGCUGACAUUCUAUAUGAGGACCAGCAGUGUCUCGUAUUCCGUGAUGUGGCCCCUCAGGCUCCUGUGCACUUCCUGGUCAUUCCUAAGAAGCCCAUUCCUCGGAUUAGCCAGGCUGAAGAAGAAGAUCAGCAGCUUCUAGGACACCUUCUUCUUGUGGCCAAAAAAACAGCAAAGGCUCAGGGGCUGGGAGAUGGAUACCGACUUGUGAUCAACGAUGGGAAGCUGGGUGCACAGUCUGUAUAUCAUCUGCACAUUCACGUCCUGGGGGGCCGACAGCUCCAGUGGCCUCCAGGUUGAACCUACCAACUAACCAAAGACACCGCAUCUGGAUGCUUGGAUGGAGUGGGAGGGAAAAGGAACCCUGUGAUGCUAAUAAACCUGAUCUCCCU